AAUUCCGAAUUUUGUGAAUCGCUGGUAAGCAAUUCAGGAAAUCAUUACAAUUUUUUUUUUUUAUAAAUUCGACCUCAUGGGAUUAGCGUUACUUUUUUUAAAAUAAAUAUAUACGUACUUUAAAAAGUAUAAAGUUAAAGGAAUUGUAUGUAAACAUGUUUUUACAAUCAUGACUGUGCUUCCGUACAUUUUACUCGCCAUGUCGUCGGAGACUGAGAAAGCACAAACCGCGAAACCGGGCGGGGAUACAAUAUUUGGAAAGAUUGCGCGCAAAGAAAUACCAUGCGAAUUUCUUUAUGAAGAUGACCAGUGCGUGGCUUUCAAUGAUGUGUCUCCACAAGCUCCUUCCCACUUCCUGGUGAUCCCCAAGAAACCCAUCACUCAGCUGUCAGUGGCAGAGGAUGCAGACGAACAGCUACUAGGUCAUCUGUUGCUGGUUGCUAAGAAAGUUGCUGCUCAAUGUGGACUGAAAGAGGGCUAUCGCCUGGUCAUCAAUGAUGGUGCACUAGGUGGUCAGUCUGUAUAUCACCUGCAUAUACAUGUAAUGAGUGGACGACAAAUGGGCUGGCCACCAGGUUAACAUCACAUCUGGUUACCUGUGGAGUAACAUUGUGCAAAGGGACUCCUGUAGUAAUGAUAGACAACUUAUAACACGGAAUGUUUGUAUCAAGAAAUAACGCAUAAUGUUUCAUUAUUUCAAUAAAAGUAUUUAACUGAAA